AUGAGCGUAGCGGCCAUCAGCGUACUGGUUGGUGUCACUGCCGGGGCGUUAAUCGGGAUGGCCAGCGCCUAUUUCGGAGGGUUCAUCGACUUGGUGGUCCAGCGCCUGUUGGAUACCCUCAUGUCUAUCCCGGUGAUCAUCCUGGCGCUGGCCAUCGUGGCGGCUUUUGGCGCGUCCAUAACCAACGUGAUCCUGGCGUUGAUAGUAAUAUUCAUAACCGGCUCGGGGAGAGUAAUCAGGGCCCAAGCUAUGGCCAUCAGGGAAACGGACUACGUGCUGGCCGCCACCGCAGUGGGCGCGGGUCCAAUCCGGAUCAUAAUGCGCCACAUCGCUCCCAACUGCGCCGCGCCUUACAUCGUUUUCGCAACC